AUACUUCUAUUCUAUCUCGAGUCUCUUCAGUAGUUCCAACCUACAGUCCACGGAAGAUCUUGUUCCAUUUGCAGCGAUGGAACGAGGAAGCCAUGAGCAAGCUCACGACGUGGCGGUGGUGGUCGUCCCCAUCCCGGCGCAGAGCCACCUGGCGCAGCUCCUCCACCUCUCCCUCCUCCUCUGCGGCCGCCCCGGUGUCUCGGUCCACUACGCCACGUCCCCCACCCACAUCCGUCAGGCCAAGUCCAGGCUCCAUCCCGCCUGGGGCUCCGGCUCUGUUUCCCAGAUCCGUUUCCACGAGCUCCCCAUCCCUGCUUUCCCCAGCCCACCUCCCGACCUCAACUCUGCUUCCACCAAGUUUCCCGCCCACUUCCAACCCAUGUUCGACGUCUUCGAGCACCUGCGCACCCCGUUGUCCACCCUCCUCCGCUCCCUCUCAACCUCCUCCCACCGCGUCGUCGUCGUGCACGAUUCCCUCUCCUCCUUCGUUGCCGCUGAGGCUGCCGCUCUCCACAACGUGGAGUCCUACACCUUCCAUUGCGUUCCGGCUCUGUUCCAACUGGUAUUCUGUCUCCCGUCGGUCGCUGACGAGCUGAGAAAUGGAGGCUUGUCACUCCCUCCCUUGGACGGUAUCAUGACUGAAGAAUUCGGCGUCUUCGCGAGGCGCCAAUUGGCAGAGGCCACCGCCGGCGCCGGGACACUGUUCAAUACGUGCCGACCGAUCGAAGGCGUGUUCAUCGACCUUUUCGCUCGGGAACCCGAGCACCGUGACAGGAAGCUUUUCACUGUCGGGCCCCUGAGUCCGAUGGCACUCCUCCUCAACGGAGGCGGCCUUCGACAGCCACACGAGUGCUUGGACUGGCUAGACAAGCAAGCGCCGGCCUCGGUCGUUUACGUCUCGUUCGGGACGACGACGUCGAUGUCCGAAGAGCAGGUGAAGGAGCUGGCGAACGGACUGUUGCGCAGCGGGCAACGCUUCAUCUGGGUGCUCAGAGACGCCGACAGGGCAGACAUCUUCACCGCGGAGGAUAACGGGAAUCCCCGACGGAUGAAGCUGCCUCCGGAGUUGGAACAUAAGGUGGAAGGAACGGGGAUGGUGGUUCGAGGAUGGGCGCCGCAGCUGGAGAUUCUAGCCCACCCGUCGAUGGGGGCGUUCAUGAGCCACUGCGGGUGGAACUCGUGCAUGGAGAGCCUGUGCAUGGGCGUGCCCAUGAUCGCAUGGCCCAUGCACUCUGACCAGCCGACGAACGCCGCGCUAGUGACGGAGCACCUGAAGGUGGGCGUCACGGUCCGGGAGUGGACUCCUCGCGGCGACGAGGUGGUUGGGAGGUCAGACAUCGAGGAAGCUAUUAAGAGGGUGAUGGUUUACGAGGAAGGGAGAGCGACAAGAGCACGAGCAAGGGUUCUGGGCGAAGCUGUUCGAGCGGCGGCCGCCGAGGGAGGAGCAUCGCGUGCCGAGUUCGAUGCCUUUGUUGCGCACAUUACCAGAUGAUGCUGUUGGUAAUUAUCUAGAUAAACAGUUGUCAUGUUUUAAGUAUGUUGUAAGUAACCAUGAUUUAGAAGUUAUUAGACAGCUACUAUGUCUAAGUGAUUGGAUGAGGAGACCUAAUUAUUACUGGGUCAUAUAAAUAAGAUAAUAAUUUAUGAAGCAAA